UCGAGCCUUCGAGGUUAUAGGCAAAAAACCGCGGUUUGCAUAGGCGGCAUAGGCCGUAGAUUUUCAGUGAUUUGCACGUGUAGGUGUGUUCGCACGUGGGACACGAUCCGCCUAAAUUUGGAACUUCUCUGGCACACUCUCAGUUUGAAUGAAGCGAACGAUGCAUCGGUUCGGUUAACCACAGUUCAUCAGCAUGAAGAACAAGCCGAUCCGUCACAAGGAGGCGAACGUCUUUCGGUUCAAGCCGUUCUCCGAGCGAGUGUCGGAGAUCGACGUCGACAUCUUCCACCGUGUGGCACAUCGGAACGAGGACGACGCCGACGAGGAGGUCGAGACCUAUUUUCACGAGACGCUAGUGAAAUGGAACGUUCUCAACCUGACGGACGGCUACACCACCUUCAGGAGGCAGGUGCGGGACAUCGUCACGCUGCCGCAGCUGCUUCACAGGAAGCAGCACGUGAUCGACAUGCUUAUGUUGUAUCUGAGAAAACGAGAUCCCCUGUUCCUGCAGCCGAUCUUGGAAUUGGUGAUAGCUGUGGCGAGAGACCUUCAGAAAGAGUUUUACGAUUAUUUCCCAGACUUUCUGUCCGAAAUAAUCUCCCUGCUGCAGACGAAAGACGCCGAGCAGGUGGAGUACACGUUCACCACUCUGGCGUAUUUGUUUAAAUUUCUAUGGCGAUAUCUGACGAGAAACGUGGAGACUGUGGUGCCCCUGCUGCUGCCGCUGCUGGCCGACACGCAGCCGGAAUAUGUGAACAGAUUUGCCGCCGAGAGCUUCGCAUUUGUAGUUCGCAAGAUCAAGGAUAAGGACUCUUUCCUCAAACUGGUGUUACGUAUCCUGGAGGAUAGACACGAAAACGACAAGGAAAAUGGGAUAUCGGGUUGUGGAAAGUUAUUGUUCGAAGUGAUAUCCGGCACGCCAGGACAGUUUCACUCCUGCGGCGAGCAGACGCUGCUGCUUUAUUUCAAUGCUCUGCAAGACGAGUCUGUCGACCAGAGGCUCACUUACGAAGUACUGCGAGAGAUCGUAACGUGCAUCCUGCAAAACGUACAUCCACAAAAAUGCGACAUCAUGUGGAAUGUUAUACUAAAAGUGAUGGACACGUUUGUCGAAAGGUCGAAGCAAUUGCCGGAAUCCAAUAUAAAGACACACGCUUUAGUUCUACUCUUGCGUCUCGUGCAUGUCGUUAUCAGCUGUAAAAACGGUAGGUUCUUAACCGACGCUGUGCCUUUGACGAAAAGAUGUACCGUCGUGAUGGACGCGUUGAGCGAGGACAAGAGUAUCUUGCAAGAAGUCAUCAACGUGUCCGUAGCCAUUCUCUUGGCGUCAAGCGUCAAGUUGAUGCAGGAAACCUCGAGUCAACUGUUGCUGAAAAUUAUGACGGUGAACGAUACCGAAUUAUUGUACUCCUCUGUGGAAAAUUUAAUACACUACUCGUCGUUCGAAACUUUGGUGUUGCCGCACGUGUUGCGGCGCAGCAUAUCCACUGGAUUAAGCAACAGGACGUUGCUUCUGCUCGCUAAAGUAAUCCUCGCGAAAGCGUCACCUUGCCUCAGCGGUAUUACUCUGGACAAAUGGAAAAAGUACAUUUUGGAUGUACGGAACAUCGGAAUGGACAGUAGUGGUUAUCUUCUGCUGGAAUUGAAAACAUUAGCCACUGACGCUGUUUCGCUCGACGCACUGAGAAUUUUGGUAAUUUUGCCACAUCUGAAGCCGUUACGCGAAGAAUUUAGGAAUACGUUGAAAGACGGCUUGUUAUUUUUAUAUAAAAAACUGCUGAAACACGAUGAUGCGGGUGACGCCGCGGAUAUUAAUAAAGCCGUUUUCGUAUUUUUAUUAACGUUGGAGUCGUUGAUACAUGUAUCGGAGCCGAGCGAUCUCCACGAAUUUUUCGUAAAAUCUGACAUAAAAAUAAUCGAUCUCGUUAACGAACGUCACGACAAUAGGUAUAUCUUAAACGCGAUAGAUCUCUGCAUGACGUAUUUUGCUGCGUCGCAGCAUCACGCGGACUAUAUAAAUUUAGCGUCGUUUGACAAAUUGAACGACAGUUUAGUGAAAAAAUUUAGUUCACCUUACGGCAACGUUCGAUUGACUGUAUCACACUUGUAUUCCCUGUUUUCUAAUGUCGAAGCUCUGAAGAGGCCCUCGGCGUCCGAUGAUGGCAAAAGUGCUAUGGAGCUUGUAUAUUUGGCGGAACGCGAAUCCGUGACGAUACAGAGCUACCGCGGCAAGCUGUUGCAUCUGCAAGCUCUAGGAUUUCAGAGUUAUGCGUUAGCCAAUCUCGAUCCGAGGUAUCACGAAUUUCCGUUGCGUUGCGUCGUAGGCAACUUGUACGUCAAUUUUUCUCUGCUCUGGCAGCCUGUGAGCGCAAUCGUAGCUAGUUACAGCAACAAGGAGUGCCCGCAGUUCUGGCCGACGUUUCUGGCCGAAUUGACGUCUAACAACGUACCGGAGGCCGAACCGAGAUCGUCGUUCAAUUGCCACGUGAUCUCGUCGUUGGAGAUGCGGAUAGCGAGGCACGACGACAAGCCCGAUUUCGAGAAUUACAGGAUCCUCCUCUGGAAGUGCAUGGCGCACUUCUCGCAUUACGCCGAGACGAAGAACAGAGACCUGACCGGAUUGUUCAUCGAUUUCGUGAAUGCGAAUUUCUUCAGAUCCAACUCCGAUGAGGGCAAGUGUUGCGACGUCGAGAAACGCAAGGAAUUGAUCGACGCGGACAACGACGUGGAUGACGAGAAGGACGAGAACGAGGAGCGCGACGAGGGCGAGGUAAAAGUCGCGCAAGCGGACGCGAUGAGGAGAAAUUGCAAAGUGAAACUUUUGCUCGCUCAGAUGGAGAUAUUCGACAAAGUGCAGAAUCCGAGAAUGAUGCACAGAGAAGCGGAGAUGCGUCAGAUCUACCUGGACUUGAUCUCUUCGAGAAACGCCGACAUACAGAGAGCCGCGCUGAACUGCCUCUUCGCGUACAAGUACAAGUACCUUUUACCGUACAAGGAGUCGCUGUACGGUCUGAUAAACGAGAAGAAUUUUAAAAACGAGCUCGCGCGCUUCAAGCUGGAUCGGGAGAGCAACAUGAUAGUGGAGGAGCAUCGCGAGAAUCUCAUGCCGAUCAUAAUGAGAAUUAUUUACGCCAAAAUGAUUGCGAAGACCGGCAUGAGGACCGGCGGGAAAGCCGGUGGUUUUGCACGGCGGAAGAUCAUACUGCGCUUUCUGGGCGGUGCGCAGGAGGAUGAGAUGAUCAUAUUCAUCAAAAUGGCAUUCAGAUCACUCAGGUCGUACGUGUUGCUGGAAGCGGACGAGGCGUUUGACUUGAGGAAGUACGUCGAGAAAAUCGUCGACACCAUCGACUUGAACAACGUCAUGCCGCCCAAACGCAUGCAGAGCGCCGUGAAUCUGUUGGCGAUAGUGAUAGAAGAAUUCGGCGGGAAAAUGUCGACCAAGUUACUGCCGCGUCUGCUCAGGAUACUGAUUUGCAUCCUGGCCGAGACGAAUGGAAUUCUGCGGAGAUCGGCGGAGGUUCACCCGGGAUACCUGACGACGAUCAAGACCGUGAGGACGAGCUGCGUCGGCAUACUGGCCAGAUUCUUCACGCACUUCGAGGACUACGACUGGCGGCGGCACGAGAUAGACGCGGUCUAUCACGUCGCGAUAUUCCCCCUGUUGCAGAAGCUGCCGGUCGAGGGUAUACACAGUCCUACGGCCCUGCUGAAGCUGUUCAUGGCGUGGGGCCAGAACUCGCGGUACUACCCGUUGUUCGCGAAGCAUCAGGAGGACGACGAGUCGGUCACUCCUCUCCCGUACAUCAUGCAACUCCUGUCGAAUCCCAAGACGCAUCAGUCCGUCGUGAAUGCCAUCCUGGAGAUAAUCGAGAAGAUGCUGACGCUGCAGGACUACGGGAAACUCAACGAAGAUGCGAUGCAGGUGGACACGCCGUUCUUGCCGCUGACGCCGAUUCUCACGAAUACGCUCGAGGUGGAGGAGAAGGUACUCUCGAGCGGGGUCAACUACGGCUCCGCUGUACUUCUGCCGCAUGUCCCUCGCGUUCUGGAAUUCAUCCGAGGCAGACUUCAAAGAUCCAAUAGGAAUAUAAACAGGACCGAGCUGACCAUACUGUCGCGAAUCUCCGAAUUCGUCACGGAUGCCGAGACGUGCGACACGGUGCUGAAGCUAAUAAUACCUGUGUUAAUCAGGAGGGCCACGUCCGGCGGCAAUGAGGAGGCUGUUACGGGACUGCUGACGACCGUCACGAAUCUCGUAAAAAUUGUGAAUCGCCCGGAGACUCACGCGCGUUCCAUCGCGCCGUUGAUCGGCCUCAUAUCGGACGUGCCCGCUCGCAAAACUCUUCUGCAGGUGUACCGUACCGUCGCCGAGAAGUCCGUGGAGGAUGAUCGCGAGGUGAUGACUUGUUACAAGAUUCUGGCCAUGCUUAACGCGUGGGAUCACAGGUGGAUCGAUCAACCGGACUUUCAGGAGAGACUGAACGCUUUCGAGCUGAUCGGCGAUAUGGCCAGGAGGAACGCGAUCCCGCUGGAGUUCGGCGUGACUGUGAUACACAACUGCUUUUACUUCCUGAAGACCGAGUCGGAUUUGGCGAUGCGAGACUCCUCCGGCGAGUGCCUGAAGCUCGUCGCGGAGGCACUGGCGAGGGAGCACCAGAGUAACGUUCUGAAUAGGCGUUAUUUGAUGGACGACACUAUCCUGGCGCUCACCAGGAAGGGUAUUGCGAGCAAGAAGGAAGCUGUUUACCUUCAAUCAAUAUCGCUUUUGGGACACAUGGCCCUGAAAUGCGCGGACGUGCAUCCCGUUUUACGGGACUUGUCCCUCCUUGCCAACGAGGCCGAUCCUGAGGUCGACUUCUUCGAGAACAUGCGACAUCUGCAACUGUACAGGAGAGCCCGCGCCUUACUCAAGUUCUGCACACUCGCCAAGACAUCGCGGGAGCCGUUUAAUCCUAAAACGUUGACGCAAUUCAUUCUGCCGCUCUGCUCGUCGUAUUUAUGCAACGAGACGUUCAUCCAUAAGAACAGCCUCGUUGACGCCGCUAUCGAGACUGUCGGAGUGGUGUGCAGGCUGUUACCGUGGCACCACUACGAGAUCAUUUUGAAGUACUAUUUGGGCAAGCUGAGAACCUCUACGGAAUUCCAGAGGCAAGUCAUUAGAAUAGUAGUAACGAUAUUAGACUCUUUCCAUUACGAUCUUUCGAAGUACAAACCGGUGGAGAAAAUAACGCGAACCGAAGCCACCUCGACAGCAACUGAAGAUAACGCCGCUCUUGUCGCUGAAACGGAAGAAGCUAAGGAAGCGAUCGGUGAAGAUGAGAACCGCGAAAGCACGGAGCAAGGAGAUGAGGAAAAAUUGGAGGAAGCGCUGAACGACGAGAAUGUUGAAGGUAUUGAAGAGAUAAUGGAAAAGGAUAAGGAAGAGGUGAUAAAGGAAGACUUACCGGUGAUUGAAAGGCAAACGCUACUUUCUCAAUACGGCGCGAAAAGGGUGGUGUUCAGUAUAUCGAAAGGCUUGUUGCCCCAACUGCAUCGAGCCAUCGUGGCGAGAACUCGGCAGGAGAGCAGUCAUAAAGUCAACAAGAAGAAAAUCGCCUCCGAGACGGAGGAGGACGAUUUACUGAGAGUUCCCAUUGCCCUCGCGCUUGUUAAGUUGCUGCAGAAAAUGCCCGAGAAUCUUCUGGACGCAAAUUUGCCAGGAAUCUUUAUGAAACUGUGUACAUUUCUCAAAUCACGUCUGGAAUCAGUUCGACGUUCGACUCGCGAGACGCUGCAGAAAAUUAUGAUAACUUUAGGACCGAAGUAUCUCCAUCAUCUUUUGAAGGAAAUGAAUACACUGUUGACAAAAGGCUUCCAAGUGCACGUUCUCGUGUACACAAUACAGGCUGUGCUAUUCGCGCUGAAACCUUACUACCAGAAACGUGAUAUUAAUAAUAAUUUGCAAAGCAUUCUAUCUGUGUGCAAAGUGGAUCUAUUUGGAUUGACGGCAGAAGAAAAGGAGGUAGCUGGUAUUGUCAAAAAUGUGUCAGAGGCAAGGAGUACCAAGAGCUUUGAUAUUUUCCACAUCUUAGCGGAGUUUAUAACAGAAUCUUGCUUACUGGACUUAAUUCUGCCGUUGAAAGAAGUCCUAAUGAAGACGCACUCGCAUAAAACGAUACACAAGAUUGUGGAAUGCCUCCGAAACGUAACUUUGGGAUUGGCGGACAACGCUUAUAUACCGUUAGAACAAAUGCUCGUAUUUCUCUACGGUAUCAUUUCGGAAAGCAUACCAAGCCUUAUGCCCGAAAAGGAAGGUAAAAAUCUCGCGGAGGAGGAACGGAGGAAGGAAACGAGAGGAGCUUUGACGCAGCGAUCGAAUUAUUUUCUCGUACCACCGGAGCCGAAAAACAGGAUGGGCAUUAAAGCUUCCGCAAAAACUACCAAGCACGCCAACGCUCAUGUAAUGAUAGAAUUCGGCCUGAAACUGCAUCACAUAUUGUUGAAGCGGGACAAGGUCGCCGGUGUGGAGUACAAACGUUACCUGGAACCGUUCGUGUCGGUUUUAAGCGAUUGCCUGAGAUCCCACCACGUCAAGCUGUGCACCGUGGCAUUGCAGUGCUUGAAUUGGAUGCUCAAGAUGGACUUGGAAUCGAUGCGCGCAGCGAUAUCGGACAUCUGCACCUCCAUGUUCGGUAUUUUGCACAAAUACGCCGCCGCGGGAUUGAGCAAGGGGGACAACUUCGAUCUUGUGACGGCCACGUUCAAAUGCAUGUCCGUGGUCGUCCGCGACGUGAAGUACUUCAGCAUUGAUGCCGACCAGCUGAAGAUACUUCUCUUGUAUGCGGAGCAGGAUCUACACGACAGCGAGAAGCACGCUACCGCGUUCACCUUGCUCAAGGCUAUAAUACAUCGAAAAAUGAUUAUCGCCGAGAUGCACGCCGUCAUGGAGAAGGUGGCGAUGCUGAGCGUCACCUCGGAGCUGGAGCACGUUAAAUUGCAAUCGCGCUCGGUGUUCUACUCUUAUCUCAUGGGCUAUCCGCUUGGCAAGCACUUGAACAAACAUAUAUACUUCUAUCUCACUCAGUUGAGUUACGAGACGCAACCGGGCCGAUUGAGCGCGCUGGAAAUGAUCCACACCAUCGUCACGGGAUUCCCGUUGAAAACGCUAGCCACAAGAGCGGAAAUGAUAUUUCUGAUGACCGGCGCGAGAUUGAUAGACGACGACGAUCCGACCUGUCGCAAACUUUGCGCGAAAUGUAUAAAAGAAAUACUUACGCGGAUAUCGUCCAAUGACAGGAAUAAGCUGUUCGACAAGUGGCCGAUUCAAUGGCUGAGCGAUUCCACAAUAAGAUACCGAACAUUGGCGGCACAGUUAUGCGGCAUAUUCGUGACGGUCGAGCAAAAUGAUUUUGACUCGCGCCUCCCUCAGCUCUUGCCGUUGUUACUGAAGCAGUUUUACAAUCACUUCUCUGUUUCCGACACCGUGGAAUUCUCAAAAUACCCAAUGUUACCUAAUGCAAAGCCGAAUGAUCCCAAUUCGAAGGAUGAAAGAACGAAAGAUCAUCAUAUAAUUCAAGUGUUACAACUGCUACUGAAAAUAGCACGUUACACAUCUUUUCUCACAAAUGAAAAGUACAAAAAUUCCAUUGACUGUUUCGCCGAAUAUUGCCAAUCAUUGCUGGCGCAUCCGCAUCUGUGGGCUCGAUUAGCGGCGGCGCAAAUGAUUGGUUUUGUUUUGGCUGCCCUUGACGUUGAUAAAGUCGUGGAACUUUUAAAUAAUCCAGAGAGCGAUGGAGUACACGAGGGCUACUUGUACUCGAGGCCCGGUGAAACUCUGAAGAGCUUGAUUCUAGACUUAGUGGCUCAACUUUAUCCGGAUAUGACAUUCGAGCAGUUAGCGGAUCAAGUUGUGAAGAAUCUAAUCUUUAUUGCAAAAAUGUUGAACUCGGUCGAAGCGUCCGCUGCGAAAGAUGAUGAGCAAGAUGACAAGAAUAAGGCGGCAAAUAGUAAUAAUUUGUCUCUUCUUUGGCUUAUUAGAAGACUGAGAAAAGCUGUUAAUAUAGAAAUAACGCAAGCUCCCAAAUCAACAUCAGUGAGAACUGCAACGUUUAAGUUUAUUGCGGGUAUAGUAACUACAGUGCCUAUAAAGAAUCUAAAUGCGAUACUUUUUAAUAUCAUGUCUCAAUUGGUACGGGAAAUGGCUACAACGGAAGAAACGAACGCUGAAUUACGUCGACUUGCCAAAGAAGUAGCUGCCAUGAUUAAAAAGUCUAUAGGAAAUACGGAAUAUGUCAAAUUAUUAAAUCGAGUGCAACAAAAAUUGGACAUUAAGAAAGCGGAAAGGAGAAAAGUUCGUGCGCAACAGUUUGUGAUUGAUCCUGAUCUAGCAGCUAAACGUAAACUGGGUAAACAACAAAAAAAGAAAGAGGCUAAAAAAAGAAAAAUGGAGACUAUAAAAGGAAACAAAACAGUAAAAAAACGUAAAAAAAAAAUAGAACUGGAUAACUUGUAAUUAUACUGUAUUAUAAUGUAAUAUAAUUUAGAUUAAAAAAUU